AUGAUGAGUGCUGCGGUCCUGUGGGGCCUGCUGGUCCUGCUCUGUCAGCGUACACUGGUGAGCGGACACGUACUGGGACGACCGUCUGCGACCAGUGACCUCGCCCAGCUCAAGACUUUACUGCAGCGUUUUGAGGAGACUCUGGCGGAAGCCGCCCCGGAGGAAGAAGACUCUGAAGCCGAUUAUAAUCAGGAGCCCGAACAGAGCCAGACCGGUCGAGGGUGGAGCCCGGAGCACGAGGUGGAGCAGGAAGCUUCGAUACCAGAGAGGUCUCAGUCGGCAGCUGAGGGCCGCAGCAGGACGGCAGCGAGCGUGAGGAGCCUCCUGCAGGACCUGCUCACCGCCAGGAAGCGAACCUCCGGGUGCUUCGGAGCCAGAAUGGACCGGAUAGGGAACGCCAGCGGACUGGGAUGCAACAACGGAAGAGGGUAA